UCAGAGCACAGACCGCGCGCGUCAUUCAACGCAUCCAGAGCAUCUCGCUUAUUUACCCGAGGAGAGAGAAAUACUGAGGCGAGAGGAAUACUGACACUUCACGCGCGUGAGGGAGACAAGGUCGGUAGCGUGCUCCGAUCCGUGUCUGGACCCAAGUCGCGUUGGGUUUCAGGGGUCUUAAAUCUGGCGGCAAGGACCUGCUAUUGGGUGGCUUCGGCAUGGCGGGCUGCGGGUUCGGUUGGGUUCUUCUGGCGCUGCUCGCGCUCUGGAGGCCCGGUGCCGCUUGUCCAGAGCUCUGCACGUGCACUGGCGUGAGGAUCUCCUGUGUGGAUGCGGAGCGCAGUAUCAUGGCUUUUCCCAUGCUGCAGACCGACGCAGAGAUGGAGAACAUCACAGACAUAUACAUUGCAAAUCAAAGCAGUUUCACAUCCAUUAAUGAAAAAGAUCUCAACUUAUUCCGCAACCUUAGAAACUUAACUGUAACAAACACACGGCUCACAUAUAUUUCUCGGCAAGCCUUUCAGAACAACAUGAAACUUCAGUAUCUGAAUCUCAAAGAAAACAAUCUGUUGUAUCUUUCCUGGAGGACUUUUCACCAUUUAAACAUCUCAUACCUGUUGCUGGGAGGUAACCCUCUGCAGUGCUCAUGUGAAAACGUGUGGCUGAAACAACCGAGAGGAGAAGAGGCCGAGGAGCUGCUGUGUGUGGAGGAGGGAGGAAAGAGGAGGACGCUCUCCUCACUCACACUGCCUAACUGUGUUCUCCCCAGUGUGAUUCUCAGUCCCACUAAAGUGACCAUGCUUGAAAGGUUAAACGUGACGCUGGCGUGCAACACCUCAGGAACGCCCACACCUAGUCUGAACUGGAACACCUGUGCACUCAAAUCCAGAUAUGAGCUUGAGCGCUCGGGUCAGACGUCAGAGCUCAAGCUCUUGGAUGUCUCUUCCUUGGACAACGGAUGCAAAAUCACCUGCAGAUCUGAUAAUAUGGUGGGCGUGACUGAGCGCUCUGUGCAUCUGGACAUACUGUUUCCACCUACAAUCAGCAAGCUAAUGGACGCUAUCUCAGACCACCACUGGUGCAUUCCCUUCAGCGUAUCAGGCAACCCAGAGCCUAAACUGAGCUGGUUAUUAAAUGGCAAAACCGUGGAGGAGGGCAGCUUUAUCCGCACCUUAAUCCAUGAUUUCUCGGAGGGCGAAUACCACGGUUGCUUACAGCUGGACAGUCCAACGCACAUCAACAAUGGAGAAUACACACUGGUGGCCAGUAAUGCAUAUGGAGGGGACCUCAAGUCCGUAUUUGCUCAUUUCAUGCAUGAGCCGUGGAAUGAGUCGGUUACUGAUCCAGUGUAUUAUGAUGAUACUCCACUUGGACCUCCUGAGGACAAAGUUGCUGUGUACGUGGUCGUGGGAAUCGCUGCGAUCACAUUCAUGGGCUUCAUCUUGAUGCUUGUCAUUCUGAAGUUUGGACGCAACUCAAAGUUUGGGAUCAAAGGUCCUUCUUCAGUCAUCAGUAAUGACGAUGACUCUGCCAGCCCUCUUCAUCAUGUGUCUAAUGGCUCCAACACACCCUCCUCCUCUGAAAUGAACGCAGAUGCCGUCAUCAUCGGCAUGACAAAGAUUCCCGUCAUAGAGAACCCGCAGUACUUCCGCAGCACCAGCAGUAUGCUCAAAUCUGACACCUUUGUUCAACAUAUUAAGAGACACAACAUUGUGCUGAAGAGAGAGCUAGGAGAAGGAGCAUUUGGGAAAGUGUUCCUGGCUGAAUGCUACAACCUGUCCACAGACCAGGAGAAGAUUUUAGUGGCUGUCAAGACUCUGAAAGAGGCCAGUGAGAAUGCCAGGAAGGACUUCCAUCGCGAGGCAGAGUUGUUGACUAAUCUGCAGCACGAGCACAUUGUCACGUUCUAUGGAGUGUGUGUGGAGAAUGAUCCCCUCAUCAUGGUGUUUGAGUACAUGAAACACGGCGACCUCAACAAGUUCCUCAGGGCUCAUGGUCCUGAUGCUGUGCUGAUGGCUGAUGGACAGGUACAGCAGCAGGUAGAACUCACUCAGUCUCAAAUGCUGCAUAUUGCGCAGCAGAUCGCCGCAGGUAUGGUGUAUCUGGCCUCCCAGCACUUUGUACACAGAGACCUGGCCACACGAAACUGCCUCGUCGGGGAAAACCUGCUGGUGAAGAUUGGAGACUUUGGAAUGUCCCGAGACGUCUACAGUACAGAUUACUAUCGGGUGGGAGGUCACACCAUGCUGCCGAUUCGCUGGAUGCCACCAGAGAGCAUCAUGUACAGGAAGUUCACCACAGAGAGUGACGUGUGGAGUUUGGGAGUUGUGCUGUGGGAGAUCUUCACCUACGGGAAACAGCCAUGGUACCAACUCUCAAAUAAUGAGGUGAUUGAGUGCAUCACCCAAGGACGUGUACUGCAACGGCCCCGCACUUGUCCGAAAGAUGUGUAUGACUUGAUGCUGGGCUGCUGGCAAAGAGAGCCACACACUCGACUCAACAUCAAAGAAAUCCAUAACCUGCUCCUCAACCUGGCCAAGGCCUCACCCGUGUACCUGGACAUCCUGGGAUAA